UUGAACUGGAGUUGUCUCAAAGACUAAACUGACGAAGGUUACAGAUACUGACCCGACAUCAACCAUGAAGUCCGUUACAGUAGCAUAUGUCCUCUUCGUGAUGCUGUCUUGUUUGACAUUGGCAUAUUCUUAUGUUCUGAGGGAAUUGGCAAAAAAUUUGACACAUGCCAAUGAUAACGUUGCUGUAAUGAAAAUGGUAAAAUCUGAGUAUGAUGACAGAAAUGUCACGAAUGCCAAUUUGACUGGUUCGCUAUCAAUAAGGCAAGGUCCUUGUAAAGUCCUGGGAAAUAUGGUCACUUGUCUUCUCAUUGCCGGAGACAACAAAUUUCGAACCCUCACAUUCUUGCGGGAUGAUAAGUUUUUCAACGUUAUCCACAUAAAUGGCAAAUUAUUGGCAAGAAAAAACGGAGAUAUGAAGACACAGGAAUCACAGAACAAGGCAAUUCGGUUCCAAAUAGCCAAAACAGUUGACAACAAGGCAAAGCUAAAUCACUGUUUCACAAUGACGGGAGAGGAUUUAAAACAUAUUAUAAUCGAUAUGGGUUGCUUCCAUCUUGAAGAUGUUGAAAGGAAUGUAAGAUCUUAUAAUGGCAGUUAUGGAGGUGAUAAUGUUAAAAGGAAUGUAAGAUCUUAUGAUAGCAGUUAUGGAGGUAAUAAUGUUGAAAGGAAUGUAAGAUCUUAUGAUGGCAGUUAUGGAGGUGAUAAUGUUGAGAGGAAUGUAAGAUCUUAUGAUGGCAGUUAUGGAGGUGAUAAUGUUGACAGGAAUGUAAGAUCUUAUGAUGGCAGUUAUGGAGGUAAUAAUGUUGGAAGGAAUGUAAGAUCUUAUGAUGGCAGUUAUGGAGGUGAUAAUGUUGAAAGGAAUGUAAGAUCUUAUGAUGGCAGUUAUGGAGGUGAUAAUGUUGAAAGGAAUGUAAGAUCUUAUGAUGGCAGUUAUGGAGGUAAUAAUGUUGGAAGGAAUGUAAGAUCUGGACGAUCAUGCUGAAAAAAAGUAAGAUCUGAUUAUGGUAUUUAUGUAGGUGAUGAUCCUGUGAUUAAAAAAGUACCAACAGGUCAUACUAAUUGUUAUGGCGAUAAGAAAAUUCCAUCGUCUCCCUAAAAGUUUCUUGGAACUGCUUUUCAAACUUAUUAUAAUGUAUUUUUCACUUUUUGCAUCGUCCUUACUAUCCAUGCCAGAAAAAAAAAAUUAAAAUUAAUUUUAUUCUUCUAAAAUGCUAUACUGUUUACUUUUCUUAAAAUCCAAAACUUUCUACCAAUAAAUGCACAUAGUUUUAUGAAUUACUUCGCAUUUUCUGUUGUUUGACCAUUACUGGAAGCAACAUUGGUCCUUCAAUAACUUCUUCUUCUUCUUCUUCUUCUUCUUCUUCUUCUUCUUCUUCUUCUUCUUCUUCUUCUUCUUCUUCUUCUUCUUCUUCUUCUUCUUCUUCUUCUUCUUCUCCUUCUUCUUCUUCUUCUUCUUCUUCUUCUUCUUCUUCUUCUCCUUCUUCUUCUUCUUCUUCUUCUUCUUCUUCUCGAAGACCAAAUACAACAAUAACAGCAACAACAACAACAACGACAUCAACAGCAACAACAACAAUCACAACAACACCAAAACUGGCCACAGCUGUCGUAGCUACUGCAGUAAAUGCAUGAAAGGCAAACAAUAAAAUUUAGAGCAGCUAUUUAUUAGGCAUUCAUUAUCUGCGUUUUUUUUGUUGUUGUGUGUGUGUGUAAAUUCCUUCUAGAAUAAUAUGUAGUUGACACUGUUAAUUUUUUUCUCCCAUUUCUGAAUGGCAAAUUGCCAUAGAAUCUUUCAUUUACUAGGUUCAUUUCCAACCUAUUUCUCUUAGAAUGUUGUUCAUUUGUAAGGCGGUGAUCUGGCAGAAACGUUAGCACGCUUUGCAAAAUGCUUAGCGGUAUUUCGUCUGUCUUAACUUUCUGAGUUCAAAUUCCGUCGAGAUCAACUUUACCUCUCAUCUUUUCGGGGUCGAUAAAUUAAGUACCUGUUGCGUACUGGGGGUCGAUCUAAUCGACUGGCUCCCUCCCCCAAAAUUUCGAUCUAAUCGACUGGCUCCCUCCCUCCUUAUAUCUAGAGUAGAAAAGAAUAUUGUUCCCUCUGUCUAAAGUUUUGCGUCUAUAUUUCUUUAACCAAACGACCCGAAAUUGACACAAGCCCGAGAAACAACUCCUCAGCUCACAAUUUGUACUCUAUUACAGUAUGAAUGAUAUUGUUCGCUGCAACAUUGGAAUAUAUACUCUGGAUCACUCAACCAGUGUUAACAGCUUAGUUUGACAGACCCUAGAGAAGUGAAGGUGGAGUUAAUCUCAGAAGGAUUUGUACACAUUCUGAGUUCUAAUUUAGCCGAAUUCAAUUCUGCGUUUCGUCCAUUCAUGGGUCGAUAAAAUAAGUACCAGCAGAACAUUUCUCACUAAAAUUGCCGGCCUUGUGCCAUUUGAAUUCAUCGUCAUUAUCAUCAUCAUAAUUAUGAUCAUCGUCGUCGUCAUCAUCACCAUCAUCAUCGUCGUCGUCGUCGUCAUCGUCGUCGUCGUCAUCGUCGUCGUCGUCAUCAUCAUCACCAUCAUCAUCUUCAUGAUUGUUGUUUUUGGCGUUUUGUUUUAUUAAUGCUACAGGCAGAAUUGUUUGCACAUCAGACACUUGGUGGCAUUUCUUCCAGUUCUUUACGUUCUGAGUUCAAAUUCCGCUGAGGUCUUUCAUCUUUGAUAAGAUAGGUACCAGUUGAGCACUCGCAUCGAUGUAAUUGACUUGACCGUUUAAAUUGCUGGUCUUCUGCCAAAAUUCCAAACCAUUAUUGUUACUAUUAUUAUUAUUAGUAUUAACCAUUUUUAUUAUCAUUACGAAGGCGGCGAGCUAGCAGAAUCAUUAGCACACCAGGAAAAAUGCUUAGCGGCAUUUCGUCCGUCUUUAUGUUCUGAGUUCAAAUUCUGCCAAGGUCAACUUUGCCUUUCAUCCUUUCGGGGUCGAUAAAUUAAGUAACAGUGAAACACUAGGGUCGAUUUAAUCGAUUAGUCUCCUCUCCCCAAAUUCCAAUCCUUUCUAGAAAGGAUUAUUAUUAUUAUUAUUAUUAUUAUUAUUAUUAUUAUUAUUAUUAUUAUUAUUAUUAUUAUGCAGAAAUUCAUAAGAAAAGCAUGGAUUCCCACAACCUUCCCUUAAUGCUUGAGUUUCAGAUAUCAUUUAAAUUGCUCCCAACAUAAUCAGCUAUAUUCAAACUAUGGUUUGUAUUCUCAUUGAAUUUUUAUAUUCACAUGUUUACUCAUAUUAAAUUGCAAUAUGGUGCAUUGUAAUUUUGCAAUUUUUGUAACCCGUUUGGCAAAUAAAGAUAUCAUUAUUAUUAUGAUUA